GCACACUUCUCCUCUUUGCUCCGUUCUAGGGUUAGGGUUUUGCGCUGCCGUUUUCGACCUUUCGAUCCCUUCCCUCCCUAGAUCCUAAUGGCGAUCUCCUUUUCCGAUCUCCACACUGAGGCUGGCCUCAAGGCCCUUGACGAGUUCCUUUCGGGGAAGACGUAUAUCUCCGGGGAGGAGAUCAGUAGGGAUGAUAUCAAGGUCUUUGCGGCAGUGACGAAUAAUCCUGGAGCAGGGUUCCCAAAUGUUGCACGUUGGUACGAGAGUGUUUCUUCGGUUGUUGCUGCAAGAUUUCCUGGUAAAGCUGUUGGAGUGAAAAUUGUGGGCCAAGCUGCAUCUUCAACUCCAGAACCACCUGUUGAAGCAGCAAAGGAGGCUGCAGGAGAUGAUGAUGAUGAUCUGGAUCUAUUUGGUGAAGAAACUGAAGAGGAUAAGAAAGCAGCGGAAGCGCGUGAAGCUGCUAAAGCAUCUUCCAAAAAGAAAGAAAGUGGGAAGUCCUCAGUUCUUAUGGAUGUUAAGCCAUGGGAUGAUGAGACAGACAUGAAGAAACUAGAGGAGGCUGUCCGCAAUGUUAAAAUGGAUGGUCUUUUGUGGGGAGCAUCAAAGCUUGUUCCUGUUGGUUUUGGCAUAAAGAAGCUGCAGAUUAUGCUAACCAUUGUAGAUGACCUAGUUUCUGUGGAUGAGCUAAUUGAGGAUCAUCUCACUGCUGAACCCGCCAAUGAACACAUUCAAAGCUGUGACAUUGUGGCAUUCAACAAAAUCUAGAUCUCCGAUAAUUUUACCACACCUGCUGUAGUGCAAGCGGAGUAAAGUGACCUUCAGGUAUAACGCCACGAGGUUCAUAUUGUUUAAAUCCUGUACUUGCAAUACUUGUAGUUAGGGGUACCCUCAGUUGGUCACCUUAAGAGUUUCUUUCAGCAGGUAGCAGCAAUUGUGUCCAAGUUUCUUCUAUCUUGCUUUGCUUUGCUUUCAGGCAUGUUUUGUGUUUAUCUAGUUUGAGUGAGAUAAUCCAGUCUUAAGUUUAUUCAACUCAGUUUUGAGACCAAAAAAUUUUAUAUUCUAUGCUACAACCACUUGUUUCU